AUGGGCAUCGAAAUCAAGCCCAUAACACCCAAGGAUAUCCCUUCGGCAGUAGAGUGCAUCCAAGUCUCCUUUGCCGACGAUCCAUACCACCUGUGGGCGUUUGACACGCGGCCGGGCAAGUUCAACAAGGAGCGCAACUUUGCCAGCCUCAAGGCCAAAUGUGAAUGGGGGAUGCGCAAUGCCUUGUUCUACGUGGCCAAGGGCACCGAAGACCCGGACGACAAAGUGCUCGGCGUGAGCAUGUGGAUGAAGCCGCGGAACGUCAACGACAAGCAGACCUGGAGCGAAUGGAUCGACGAGUACGUUUUGUGGUUCAAGCAGGGUUGGAACCUGAUCCGGUUUCAGGGCCGAGGGGGCUUGAAUACGAAGAGAUAUUGGAUCUGGAAGCACGAGCAGGCCCAAGCGCAGAGCGCCAUCUGGACGGACCCGAACGGAUAUUACUUUUGCAACAUCGUCACCGUCAGGCCAGGCAUCCAGGGUAAAGGGAUUGGGAGGUCGCUGUUUGACAUCGUCACCAAGCAGGCCGACGAGGAAGGCAGACAGUGCUAUCUCGAGAGUUCCAAGGAGACUCCGAACAUUGCAAUUUACGAGAAGAUGGGAUUCAAAAUGGCACAGAAGAUGGUUUGUGAUGACGACGGGGUAAAGUGCGAUUUAUUUUGUAUGGUCCGGGAACCUCAACCGAAGCCUUGA